AUGGGCGAGGUUGACUGGGGCCCAGCAGGGCAGCAGUCCUGGGCGACCAUGGAUGAUGGCUGCGAUAUUUUGGUGCGCAAGUGGGCACCGGAAGGAAAGACGGUUGGCAUUGUACACAUCUGUCAUGGGAUAGCUGAGCACUCUGCGCGUUAUGCAGGCUUGGCACUUCGCCUCGUAGCCGAGGGAUUCAUCGUUUAUGCAUCUGACAAUCGGGCUCAUGGGCAGACAGCCCUGAGAGCCGUGGAGAAGGGUGCGAAAGGUCAUCGGCUUGGGCACAUGGAUGCACAAAACGGUAAGGAUGUGGUACAGAGGAUUGUGCAGGACCACGUGUUUCUUUGUCAGCGCGCCGUGGAAGACCACCGUUUGCCAUUGGUAAUCCUGGGUCAUUCUCUGGGCAGUGCGAUCGCAACCCUCGUCGCUGCAAGCUUGACAAAGACCGCACCUGCCGCCGUCAUACUUAGUGCAGCACCCGCCAGACUUCCAUCGCCGGUGAAGCUGGCCUUUGGACCAUUGCUGCAGUUCCUGGGCCUUCUGCGUGGGGAGGCAGGAAUAUCGCCUCUGAUCAGCACACUAACCAUGGACAAGUGGAACAAAGAGUUUUCACCCAACGCAACCGAGAGUGACUGGCUCAACCGUGAUCCAUUGGAGGUGCAGAAGUACGAGGACGAUCCUCUGUGCGGUUUCAAGUGCAGCGUUGGCUUCUGGAAGGCUGUCUUUACAGCCAUUCAGGCAGCCGGCAACAAAGAAACGUUGAUGAGGUUUCCGAGGUGUCCGGUGCUGUCGAUCCAAGGCGGGCAGGAUCCUUGCACCAUGAACGACCUGGGUGGCAACUCUGCUCUACAGCUGACAAACGAGUUCCGAGCAGCCGGCCGUGAGAUACACAAGCGUAUCUCCUACGGUGAUGGGCGCCACGAGAUUUUGCUCGAGACAUGUAGAGAAGAAGUCAUGCAAGACAUGGUCGAAUUCCUGCGACAGCAUGUUUUAUCGCCUGCCCCGCGAAGCAAACUUUAA